UGGUAAAAAGUUUCAACUGGCAGAGCCCAGGGUAAUGUCCUGAGGAUGAACGGGUGUUUUCGAGUCACGGGCUUGAGAUGUCUGUCUAGGCUCUCCUUGGCUCCCCAUACUGAACUCUUUUCUACAUCAUCUCCCUCUGUCUCUAUCCUUCCUGGCAUGAUGGACCUUUCCCCUCCUGUCCUCCUCUUUCUUUACCCAUUACCCCUUCUGUUCUAGUGCCACAACUUCUAUCUCCUCUGCUCAUGGGGCUACCUCCCCCAUCUGGUCAGCUUUCUUGCUUCUUUUCUCCUUCCUAUUCUCUGUCAUUGUCCCCCUCCUCCCUGUCUCCCAGGUGUGCUGUACUUUCCUGCGGGAUGGUCCCACACUCCCCAGCCCCAAUUCUGCUGUCCGGCUGCUUCGAACUCUGGCAGAAACCCCGCCUGCUGACACCCCCCUCCUGGGGAACUGGUGGUGGAUGUGGCUGCGGCUGCGGUUGCGCCGCUGGCCCCGACGGCUCUCUAACUGUCCUCUCCCCGGCGGGCUCCUGCCGCGCCGCUUCUCACUUGCUCCCUCCUCCCAGGACGGCACAAGGAUGGCGGAGCCAGGGGUGCCCCGCUUCCUGAUAACCUUCGAUUUUGAUGAGACCAUAGUGAACGAAAACAGCGACGAAUCAAUCGUGCGCGCAGCCCCGGGUCAGAAGCUGCCUGACAGCCUGCGGGCCACGUUCCGCGAGGGCUUUUACAACGAGUACAUGCAGCGGGUCUUCCAGUACCUGGGUGAGCAGGGCGUAAAGCCACAAGACUUCCGCAAAGUCUAUGAGGACAUCCCCCUGUGUCCGGGCAUGACCGACCUGUUCCAGUUCCUGACCAAACAGGGCAGCUGCUUUGAGACCAUCCUUAUCUCAGACGCCAAUACGUUCGGCGUGGAGAGCUCCCUGCGUGCUUCGGGAUACCUCGGCCUCUUCCGAAAAGUCUUCAGCAACCCAUCGGGCCCAGAUGAGCGUGGCUUACUGGUGUUGCAGCCCUUCCACAAGCACUCCUGCACUCGCUGCCCUGCCAACAUGUGCAAGCACAAGGUGCUCGGCGACUACCUGCGCGAGAGGGCUCAGGACGGUGUGCACUUCGAGCAUCUCUUUUAUGUGGGCGACGGCGCCAAUGACUUUUGCCCCACAAGGCUGCUGGGGGUCGGCGACGUGACCUUCCCGCGCCGCGGCUACCCCCUGCACCAACUCAUCCAGGAAGCCCAGAAUACCGAAUCCUCUUCGUUCAGGGGCACCGUGCUUGCCUGGGAGUCAGCAGCCGAAAUCCGUCGCUACUUACAGGAGGUGGUGAAGAAAUGCUAAGAGCCCUGGAAGGGACGGAGUGGGCGGUCUGGCUGGCCAGCUGGGGAAGGCGCAGCUCCUGGGCUCUCCCACCCCUCACCCGCUUUGUGUUUGCCUCCGACUGGGGACCCGGGAAAGCGAAACCGUGUUUUGAUUACCAACACAAGAACUUUCACCCCCGACUCCCGAAUUCGCUUUAGUUUAUCCCUCCCUCGGACCCGGUACUUUCCAGCUGUUCUGCAAGGACCCUGGGCUCCAUCCAUUUGGAAGAUGGAAGAGGGGCAGAAAUACACACAUAUAUACAUAUAUACGCAUACAAUGUAUAUAUAUGUGUAUAUGUAUAUGUCUAUAUCUAUCUAUAUAUUACAUAUAUAAAUGAGGAGGCAGUAACCAUCUAUGCAGUUAGCCCAGUCGGGCUGUCCAGAGUCGGGUCCUGACAGUCCGGCAGUGCACACCUAUUUGAGGGGAGCCAGGCAGUUAGUCCUACCUGACAUCGGAUUUCGGCGGCAGGGCUUCCAAGAUAAACGCCUACACUACAGUUAUUUUUUGUGGUGAGGCUGUUCUGGGUGGGGAGGGGUGAGGGAUUUAAAUAGUUGUUUUCUGUCCCUGCCACCAAUGUGCAACUACCGCUCCUCAGCCUCGGGGAAACCUUCCCAACAUCCUCAGGUCCCCAGGCCAUAACCCACUUCUAUCUCCCUGCUGGGAAGGAAGAACACACUCAGCCCCCUGUCCAUCUGCCUGCUUCUGAUCAACUCAGCUUGCACCCAAUGACCCCUAUAGAGCCCCCUUGCCCACCCAUUUACAAAAAAAAAAAAAAGGGGAGGCGGUUGGAAGAGCCAGGGAAGCUGUGGCCCUCUGGUGGAACGAGGUAGCCUCCAGCCACAACUCUCCUAGGAGUUCCCACCCUCCACCCCCAUCUAUGCAGCAAGAUGCCAAUGACCUCUCCAAGCCCCUUCUUGGAUUGUUUGAAACUCAAAGCCGUGACGUUUUUAAGCAGAGCCAGCACAAGCCCGAAGUCCCCCUCCUUACCUUUCUCCCUGCUGUGUUUGAGAGCGAUAAAGGAAGUGAAGAGGGAAAAGGCA